CUUCUCUUCGCAUGACCGAUCUGUUCAAAACAUUUGUAAACGCGCCCACUAGAAUUUAUAGGUACACUGUUAACCGUUGGUAGAUGCAUUCAAAACACAUUUAAACAGUCUACACUGUUUAAAUCGAUUCGCUGACGUGAAACCGGAGUGGAUAUACUGAACGAGUUUACAUGGUUGUUAAGACAUUAUACACUUCCGUCCUAAUUUCAGUUACUACAUUUAUCAUGGACCGUAUAUAUAUGUUAUUUGUUGUACUGUCUUGCUUCCUGUCAGGCGUGAUUGGCGGGACAAUUUGUGACGAUACCUUCACCUAUUGCAGCGACGGGUGUUGCAGCGACUACACUUAUGGCUAUAAGCGAGAAAUUUGCUGCGACUUGGUUUUUGAGAGCUACAACAGCAUUGCUGUGAUUGUUGGAGCAACAAUUGGUGGUGUCAUAUUGCUUCUGGUAAUUGUAUCUGUAAUCGUCUGCGUUGUCUGCUGCGUGAAAAAGAAUCGGGCUCAGAAUGGUCACGUGAUGGCUGGGCAUCCCGCGGUUUAUGCCGGGGCGUAUCCUAUGCAAACUAUGAACAUGCAACCAGGAGUAAACCAGUGGCAACAGCAGCCAUCCACCAACAUACAACAGGGGUUUAACCAGUGGAAACAAAUACCUUCGUCUAACAUGCAACAAGGAGGCAACCAGUGGCAGCUGCCACAACCACCACCCUAUGAACCAACGGCGCCACCUGCUAUUCAACACUAGAACUGUUCAUGGUGGUGAUUGCAUGGACAAAAGCGGAUUGCGUGGUGUGACAGUACACAAGAGACGACGUCAGAAACCUUGUUUUCUAUGCUAUUUAGACAAUUUAUACAUUAAAAAAAAGAAUGGCAAGUUUAUAGGCAGUUAUCUUUGUCCUGUUAUCCAAUGCCUGUCCUUAGAAAUAGAUAGUAAACCUCCAGUUUAUAAGUAAAGAUAAACAUUUAUAAUAAAUUGAACUAUGAAGACCCAACAUGAUAUUUAAUGGGAAUCGCAUGUUUAUUUGUCUCCACAGAAUCAUAAUGUUAAGAGUUAUCGAUGUUGAGUUUGAAAACUGUUUUCUUCGUUAAAAAUAUAAUGGUGGUUUAAACCCAUACAUGUUUAACGAAUUUGACUUAAUGCGGCUAAUAAUAUUGAAACGUCCUUUGGAGCGUUUCACUUUGAAUUUUGAUAAUGUGUGCCAAAACAAGAUCUUACAUGUCAAUGAGCAACUCAUAUGUAAAUGUUAUUGUUAAUAAAUGUUUUCAUAUCGA